UGAUUAAAAGCCGCGUUGACCCACAAAUUUUGGCUUCUAAAAUCAGUUAAUGCUUUACGUUGAAGUUGAGGAUCAACCUUAUAUACAUCAAAUUAAAACAUCUUUUGUCAUACUCCUAGUCAUGGCAUUGCCAAUUCCCAAUUAUACGAUGGUAGGAACUUGGUACAAUGUACUUGUUAUCUCUUGGACUUGUUUAAGCAUUGUAAUUGUGUCAGAUGCAGCAUCUGAAUCAUCACCACUAGACAUAGAAGCACAAGCUCUGAUUGAAAGUGAGUGGUGGAGUGAUUACACAAACCAUGUUCCUAGUCGUUGCCAAUGGCCAGGCAUUACAUGCAACAAUGCUGGAAGUAUCACAAACAUUUCUUUGCCAGCAGAAGUUCAAUUGGGAAACAAGUUUUGGAGAUUCAACUUCUCUUGUUUCCCAAACCUUGUCCACAUCAACCUUGCUUCACAUGGAAUCGCUGGGAGUAUUCCACAUGGACUAGGUACACUUUCCAAACUCACUCACCUUGACCUAUCUUCUAAUGAUAUAGAGGGGCCUAUACCAUUAAACAUUUGGAAUCUAAGUAAUUUGGUGACCCUGAAUUUGUCUAGAAACAAGCUUAAUGGUUCAAUUCCACCUUCUGUGGGGCAGUUGACUAAGCUGAACUCUAUGUUUCUUGAUAGCAAUUUGAUUGUUGGGUAUGUCCCUUUAGAGUUAGGAAGGCUGAGGAAUCUGACUCAAUUGAGUUUAAGUUAUAAUUGUUUCAUUGGUCCAAUACCUGUGGAGAUUGGUCUAUUGAAGAAAUUGAAAUAUUUGUGUCUUAGUAUGAACAAGUUGAAUGGUUCUAUACCUUUAGAAAUAGGGGAAUUGAACAACCUUUUGAUUCUUGAUCUUAGCACUAACAAUCUCACUGGUGAAGUAGCCUCAGUUUUGGAUAAGUUAACCAAUUUGACUGAACUAAACUUGUCCAACAAUGAGAUUUCUGGAAUGUUACCAAUUGAUACUACCCAAUUGAGCCAACUGAAGUAUCUGAAUAUUUCAGAUAACAAAAUUUUUGGUUCAAUACCUCAAGGCAUUGGAAAACUGUCCAAACUCUUAGUCCUAGACCUGUCAGGAAACAUGUUGAGUGGAGAAAUUCCAGCCAGUCUUGCAAAUUGCUCUAACCUUCAGGUGUUGGCUUUGAGCCAUAACAAUAUAACUGGCACCAUUCCCUCUCAUGUUGGAGAUCUUGCUACACUAGCUUUAAUUGAUUUGAGUCAUAAUUCAAUCAUAGGAGAGAUACCCCAUCAGCUUGGGAAUGUGAAAUACAUAAGGACCUUGGAUCUCAGUUAUAAUGAACUCAGUGGAAGCAUUCCCAAUUCCCUAGCAUUAUUGAGGAAGAUAAACUUGUCCCAUAAUUCUCUAGAGGAUGAGAUCCCAGAUGAUCUCCAAGAUUCUUUUCCACCAGAUGCAUUCAGUGGCAAUGAGUAUUUAUGUGGCAACAACACCCCCUUCCGCAGUUGUUAUUCUCCUAGCAGAACAAAUAAUAUAUUCUGGACCCACAUGAAGAUUUUCCUUCCGCUCACAGCUUUUCUUGCUCUUAUUUGUUUUGUGUAUGUGCUCCUCUGCUGGUGUAAGGUUGGUAGUUGCAAUUGCAAGUCUGAAGCCGAAGAAACAAAGAAUGGUGACAUGUUUUCAAUAUGGAACUAUGAUGGUAAAAUUGCAUAUAAAGAUAUCAUUAAAGCAACAGAAGGUUUUGACAUCAAAUAUUGCAUAGGGGCUGGUGGUUGUGGUAGUGUCUACAAAGCACAACUACCUAGAGGUAGAGUAGUGGCCUUGAAGAAACUCCACAUUUUAGAAGCCAACCAGUCAGCAAUCCAGAAGAUUUUCAAGAAUGAAGUGAGAAUGUUGACAAAGAUAAGGCAUAGAAAUAUUUUGAAGCUUUAUGGAUUCUGCUUGCACAAUAGGUGCAUGUUUCUGGUUCUAGAAUACAUGGAAAGGGGAAGCUUAUAUUGUGUGUUGCACAAUGACAUUGAAGCUAAGGAGUUGGGUUGGACCAAGAGGGUGAACAUUGUGAAAGGCAUAGCGCAUAGCUUGUCAUACCUUCACUACGAUUGCAAGCCAGCAAUUAUUCAUAGAGAUGUAACAACCAAAAAUGUUCUCUUGAAUAUACGAAUGGAGGCUUGUCUCUCUGAUUUUGGCAUAGCCAGACUCCUAAACUCUAGCUCCUCCAAUAGAACACUACUUGCUGGCACUUAUGGAUACAUUGCACCAGGUGAGGUUUUGUUAUAUGAUGGCUGCUUCAGUUUCCCUUAUUCUCAAAAGGGUGUGUUUUUUCUUACUAGGUUGGUUUUGCUUUUUGAUGCAGAACUUGCCUAUUGUGAUUGUGUGACUGAGAAAUGUGAUGUCUUCAGCUUUGGAGUGGUUGCUCUUGAAAUUGUCAUGGGAAAGCAUCCUGGAGAACUUGUUUCCUCAUUAACAUCUGAAUCUACUCAAGAAAUUCUCCUUAAAGAUAUAUUAGAUCCAAGACUAAUAUCCACCAUCAAUCAACAAUCUGCUCAGAGUUUAGUUCUCAUAGCAACACUAGCCUUUGCUUGUCUUCAUUCUCAACCAAAGUUUAGACCAACAAUGCAAGUAGUGUGUGACAUCCUUGUCACCGGAAAGCCCCGAUUAACCAAACCAUUUGAAGAAAUUUCACUAAGGCAGAUAGUAGAUCGGGAAUUGUAACAAAUUAGAUAAAAACCUACACUUUGCUCGGGUAGUAUGUUAUAGGAUAAAACUUAUGUAUUGUUAACUGCUUUCAUUAAUUAAUAUUAUAAUUUCAUUUUAACGAAAGAUUUGCAUUUAAUGCUAUUACAGACUGUCGAGAUUAAACUCUUUACUUUAUAACAACACAAGGAAUUGUGUUUAAGUUGUGUUGAAUAUUAUAUUGUUGACAGAUAAAUGACAGUGAAAAUUGACAGAAAAUAUACCAAUAAUAUUAGUAAAAGCUUUUAGAAUAAAUAAUUUCAAAGUGUUUAUGUAAUAGAAAAAAAAAUUAGUUUCAAUUAGCGUAAGAUAAUAGCGUGGUUGUGUAAUUUAAAAGUAAAAGUGUGUGUCCUGCUAAAUACAAUCUGUGUUUGUAUUUAUAUUUUUAUUUACAUUUGUAAGGCUUCUAAUUUGUGUAGCCGUUUUUAAUUCGGGAUUUAUUUUUCCGUAAGCUAUAAAUCAAGCUUCUUCAUCUUGUAAUGUUAAUUUGUUUAGUUGCCUUCAACUUUAUUUACAAUCCAAGA